CGGGGGCGCGCAAACGAUAGAAAGCACCCCACCCUCAAGAGCACUAAACCUUGCGCGUGCUCAAGAGCCAGUAGUUUCCGUUUUCUUUCCUAGUGUUGGGGGCAGAUUUCUGCGCGCAGCGCCGACUGUCCUCUGCUUUCCAGCUUUGAAAACGCCUAAAUUGCAGAGUCAGCGGCAUACUCCUGACACAACAGGCACGGUCCAUUGAGGAACCCAGAUAUGGAUGCUGAGCAGAACCAGGUGUUGGACACCGCGUCAGAGACUCGAGAGCAACAGGAGACUGGAGCAGGAGACUGCCCCCAGUCACAACUCGACUCUCCAAUAGAUCCUGCAGAAUCUCCAGUGAAUGGGCAAGAAAUGGAGCGUUUGCCAGAUAUGCUGACAGAGUCAGGAAUGUCAGAAGAAAUGCAAGAGACGGCGCCUAAAGCAGAAAAAUCACCAAAGAACAUGUCUGAAUCUCCUGAGAAGGUUCCAGAGACAUCUCCAGAAGUUGUGACUAAAGCAGAGAAGUACCCAGAAAAACAACCAGAACUAGAGAGCUCAGAGGUCUCUGAGUCAGCUACAGCAUUGUACUUCGAACCAGACAAAAAACAGACCACAGUGCCUGAAAAGCAGCCAAUGCCAGAGAAAACACCAGAGCCUCUGCCUUUAGAUGAGCCUCUAGCAGAGAAUAACAUUGAAACUGCGCCAGAGAAAAUGGCUGAACCCGUCCCAGAGGCUGUUAAACUGUCUGUGCAGGCAGCGCCCGAGCCUGUCACACAGCCAGAAUCUGAGGACGUGAAACUGCUCGAAGAGAAAGAGCCUGGGGAAUCUGAGAAGCAGGCAGAAUCUGGUGUUGUGUUGGCGGUGGUGCCAGAGAUGCCAGCGGAGUCUAAAACUGUACAGGAAGCGGAGGCAGACAAACAGAUCGAAGCUGAAAUUGUACCGGAACCAAAGAAACCAGUAGAGGCUGUGAAGAAAGUGGAAGCAGAGAAACCAGUAGAGGCUGAGGCUGUGAAGAAAUUGGAAGCAGAGAAACCAGUAGAGGCUGAGACUGUGAUGGAAGAGAAACUGGUAGAAGCUGAAAUUGUUAAAGAAGUAGAGUCCGAGAAACGGGCAGCAGGUGAGGCAGAUGCAGUGGAGCAGCAGAAGGCCGAAGUUGUCGAGCAGAUUCCCGCUCCUGGUACCCUAUCUUUUGCCUUCCUGGAGCAUGAGCAGACCAAAGCCACACUUCGCACCUCUCGCACUCUAAUCAUCCUCAGAGGCCUCCCCGGCAGCGGCAAGAGCCUCUUGGCACGUGCUAUUGCAGAUAACUACCAGGGUCUCUGCACGGUCUGCUGUGCUGAUGACCAUGGUGUGAAACCGGAGAGUCCAGAAGCAUCGGCAGAUGGGUACAAGGCUUUUGACGAUGCUGUGGUAGCCUGCUGCAGUGUAGGAACAUCUGCUCAAGUGAUAGUGGUGGAUGACACCAACCAUACCCAUGAUCGGCUGGCCCGUCUUGGGGAGGUGGCAGAGCAGCACCGGCUGGUGGCCAUGUUUCUGGAGCCCCGCACUGAGUGGAGCAGAGACUUGCCACAGCUGGCCAAGAGAACUCAGCGGGGGCUAGAGGAGGCCCAGAUCCAGGCCAUGAAAGUACCUCUUGAGGAGACAUCCCUGCCCCUUUUCUUUGGCUGGUUCCUUCUCCCUGGCAUACAGGACAAGGUCAGGUGCACAUCCAUGGAUUUCCUGAAGACGCUGGACACGCUUGAGGCCUUCAAGAAGCACUUGCCUGACUUCACUGUUGAGGCUGAGAAAGAGGUGGACCUGGAGCAGUAUUUCCAAGCCAAUGGCGUUCUUCAUUGCACUACCAAAUUCUGUGACUAUGGCAAGGCUGAGGGAGCCAAGGAAUAUGCAGACAAACUAGCUGUUAAAGAGUUGUAUGGCUCUGCGUUCGAGCUGUCCCUCAGUGCCCUCUUCGUCACACCUCGUACUGUUGGUGCCCGGGUUUCACUCUCUGAGGAUCAGUUGACCCUGUGGCCUGCCGAUGCUGAGGAGGUGGUGUCUGUAGUCCCAGCCGCCGCCACCCUGCCCGCUGGUAGCCGUGCCCACAUCACCCUGGGCUGUGCGGAGGGUGUUGAGCCACAACAGACGGGCUUCGACCUGCUGGAGAUCCUAGCGCUGCAGCAAGAGGGUCAGGAGGGAGAGCUGGUGGAGGAGAUGGAGCUCGGCUCCCUGGCCUACUACGGCAAGGGGAGGUGGCUGCUCAGUCUGAGGGAGCCCAUCUCCGCCCAGGCCUGCUUCUCCAGCCUCUACGGGCCCAAGAAGGCUGACUCGACCAAGAAAGACGGGGACAAGAAGAAGAAGCAAAAGUGCACCAUACUGUAAAGGAGAGGGGGAAGGUGGAAAUGGAUGGCUCUGGAUGAGUGGCGUACUAGUGUUCUGAUUGGUCUGUGGGGAAGUUUGUGUGUUUGUGCUACUUUUGGGGUUUGGGAGGCGUCUUGGAUAUCCCACCCCAAAUUCACAAGCUGUGUGCCUUUCUCUAUUGCUUUGCUGCACAACCCAAGAGGCCUUUAUACCACAGUUUAGGUCAAGCUUAGCAUCUUGUUCAGUGUCUUGUCAUGCGUUUUUAGUGCCAUAGUUGCAAUUGGAUAGGAUUUCUGAAGACGAGGCCUGAUUUCAUGGCUCAGCUGCAGUUUUGACAGAUGUAGUACUGCUUCUCCUAGUACCGCUUCUCACCGUUUGACCACUAUUUUCCCUACUCAAUUCAUGUCUAACACUAUAUUUAAAAAAAACUUCCGCAUAUGUCAGUGUUAAGCAUUUAGAUAUUUUCAUGUUUUGUGUGAGUGGCUCAUAGUGUUUUCAAUGCAUGCCAGGUUUAGCAGAUGUAGUUCUAGUCAUGAUUUAGCUUGUUCGCAAAAGAAGUUGCACAUCUAUUUCAGUCAUUUCCUGUGGUUUGGUCAGUUUAGCCAUGUGUUUGUAUGUUUGGUACGAAGGAAAGAGUUGGGUAAUUUCACAAGUAGCUCAUGGGCCAAAAAGGUUGUCUGUGUAUGCUUGUCCUCCAUAGAGGCCAUUCCUAAUUAACUCUUUUUGCACGAUGCUGCAGAAAUCAAAGGGAGAAUGCUGAUGAAUGUGCAGUUUGUUUCAUUAGCUGGCACUUACUUGGUACUUAUCAAAUGCUGUGAAACCAAGGCCACAAUUCUGUAGUAUAGGAGACUGCAGCCUGGGAUCAUCCCUCUUUCUGUCAACCAGUUAGGUUUUGCAUGUCAACUUGUAUGUAUCCGCUGUCUGUUCAUGACUGAUGUGUAGGUUUCUUAGGGCAAAGCCAUGCUUGUUUAGUUCUUCCAAUGAGUCACUGUUUUUGCACAUGUUUUGUACACUUAAUAAAAUAAUUUGCUUUGCGCCAAA